GUUAUAAUAAACUAUUUUAGGGUUUUAUUAAAUACGAAACCCGCUUGUUUUGAUGCCUAUGUAGAUUAUUUAAUUUUAUUCAUAUAUAUAUAAACUUUAGACCAAUAAAAAUAGUUGUAAAUAUGGAAUGCCCGGACUACUUGGAAUUUCAGGAUGUAUUGAAGAAAAUGAGAGAAGUUGACGAUAAAAUUAUAUAUGCUUUAAAUGUAUCAAUCCCAACAGAAUCAUUUAAACAAGAAAUAGAUGCUUCAAAUACUUGUAGAGAAUUGUAUGAAGCAUUGCAAAGUGGCAAUAAUAAACGAGAGACUGCAAUAAAAAAUUGUAUUAAGGCAUCUGCAGAAAGACUGAAAAAUUUAAAAGAGCAACGUGACAUAAAUGAGGAUGAUUUUGGUAUUUCAAAAAAUUUAAAAUCUGAGCAAAGAAAGCUCCGACUACUGCAAUCAGAAUUAAGUGUAGAAGAAGUUCUUCGACAAAGAACAACAAAGAUUUUUAAUGAAAGAUGCAGACUAUUCUUUAAACCGGAGGUUUCAUCGUGAAUUGUUGUAGUUUGUUAUAUGGCUUUGUGCAAUUUUUGCUCCGAUAAAACCCAUCAUACAUAUAAAAUCAGUGUUAAGACAGAAUGAAAAUGUUGCAUUU